AUGGACAUAUAUGCGGGCACGAAAGAAGCCCGACGCAACAUCCCAAUGGAAGGAGAAGAAGCCGCUGCUGUCGAAGCAGCACUAUCAGAUCUCCCUGUUGAACAAUCGAUUGUAGUUGUCGACCAACCAGUAGCCGAAGAAGAUACCAAACCCGCCCUCCGAGACCAAGUCCCCAUCAACCCUCCAACCUUCGACACAGCAGGCAAAAUUCUCCCUCCUCCACCUUCCGCAGACGGAACCGAGAUGGGUACAUUCCAAAAAGCAAUGUUAGCCGUUAAAAUGGACGCACGAGCCUUUGACACCGCGCUCGAUGAUCUUAUGGAACUCUCACACGACAUCUACUACGGUCUCGAAAUCGCCAAAGACGGUCCCAUUGUCGAGAAAUUGAUCUGUCUCACCUUAGGAAGUGGGUCCGAGAAGAUUCCAGCAGGAAAAGCAGGACGAGAGCAUAAAGCUGCCUCGAUCCUCGCCAGCUCAGUACAAAACAAUCCCACUGCAUUGAAAGAAAUCGUGAAAUGGGGAAGAAUGGUCUUCCACCCAAUCUGUUCGGAAGCGAAAAAAGGCGAGAAGCCCAAUUUCGUAACAACGCUUCGUACUAGACUUGGUCGAGAAAAAGACGCCGGGGCUCUGAAAGCUAAAGUUGGGGCAAUAAGCGGUCUUCUCCACGAUGAGAGCUUUCGUACCCAAUUCCUCGAGAAUUCGGGCAUGGAGUUACUGCUUGCCAUCUUUCUGAAGAAAGGAGAGGACUUUGAUCCCGUUCGGAGGAAAGUGGCUCAACUUGUCACAGACAAUUUCCUCGAUGAGGGGAUGGGUGCCAAGGUGGGCGUUUGGCCGAAGAUGCCCGUUACAGAAGCGAAGGUUUGCAAGGAGAAUAAGGAGAGGAUGUUAGAGGAUGGAUGCUGGGAGUACCAUGUUGGUGCUUUUGGGGAGCAGAAGGGGAAGUUGGCGUGGGUGAAGGAGUUUGAAGUGUUGUUGACAGAGCAGAGGGAGAAAUUUGGGGAUUCGAUUUUGGAUCGGGAGUUGUGA